AUGCCGGUUGGAGUCCACUUUGACAAUCAUUGUUGGCUUGUUUCACAAAGAUAUGUGGUGGACGGUAACUUUACUGCUCAACAUAUGACCAUGAAAAAGCCACAGUGGGAUAUUAGUUUGUCAGAUGGGCUUGGGUAUAUGGUGAAAGAACGAGAAUACCAGACUCAUCUAUCAUUGGCUGUAGAAAGUAAAGAGCGUUCUUCAUGUAGCAAUCAUCGAGCAGUAAAUGCGGCCAAUAUCAGCAGGAGCAAUCUCCGAGCUACAGGGGUAGGAGCAACUGCUUGUGCCCGACAUGGAUGCUUUGUUCCACACAGCAUAGUCAAUUUUCAGAAGGGUGAAAGGUACAGCCUCAACUUCAUUCAAGGGGCUGGACAAGUUGAUGGGGAGAUUUUGGAGACCCUGUGGGCACCGUUCAAUAAGAUCUCCCCAACUGCUCGGUCAAUGAGUCAAGCCCACCGUCAAGAAGUUCUUGAUGAUCAUAUGUGCGACUCAAACUGGAAAAAAUUAGUUGGAAUAAUGAAGACUCUGUUGAAAAAGUAUAAACGAGCUCUCAAGGGUGUUGACGAGACAAAAACCCCUUUUGAUGAGCUCGCUCGGUCUCUGGACCCUGAGAAGAUUUUGAUAUGGGAGAUCAAUGAGCAAAAGGCUAUGGAAGAACAUGGGGAGUAUCUUGACAUCUAUCAGUUGCAGAUCAACAAAGUAUGGAUCUUGGACUCCCAACAGUACAUUCCGAUGAUCCUAGAUUCUGCCAUGCAGAUAAUGAUGGCUAUGAGUGGGAAGAGGUCCUCAGAUGGGGAAAUCUCGGAGGAUUUAGAUGAAGAAAUCCUAGCUGAAGAGAUGGGUAUCUGGAUGCCAUCUUCAGUGGCCCACAAUGAUGCACUGACUCUUGGCCUGGGCCCCCUCCAAGCUGAGGAAUUGGAACUUCGAAAGGGCCAAGCAAAUGACUGCCUAGAAAGCCUCUGUAUGGCCCUUGGUCAUAAGGCGAUUAUCUAUCGUCAAAGCAAGAAGCUUGUCGAUGUCAACUCAAAAUUGACAAACAAAGAGGUAACAGAAGAAAACAGAUUUGGACAAGGGUCAGACAAACUCGCUUGGUUUUGGAGGGUGAAUAAUGCCAGCAGAGGUCAAGAAGAUGCCUGGAUGGAUGAAUUCUACAGGGUGAACUGGUUGAAGGCCAAGGCUAGAUGGAGUAGAUGGCAAGAGGAAUUGAGUCUGGUAAGACAUGAAAUGGGUUGGACCAUAAACUGGUUCAAGUAUCAUGAGAAAGAAUGGGACAGAAGGGGGGGUACCAAGCCAUUAGACCUGGUCAUCAAGCCUAUGCUUAUCAACAGUAUACUGUCUCUAUUUACGUUGAAUUACAAGGCAGCCCGGUGUGGGGUAACACAACAAAGGGAAGCAAAGAAAGCAAGGAUCCACGAAAUGAUGCUGAUCAACCCUGAUCAAAGGCGACAAAAGGGCGAUGGCUCGGAGCCGAAUAGGGAGCGCUCUAAGUAUGCUAAAUAUGGUCUAAUAACGAAAAGGGACACACCUAGGAACUGGUUGGAUGAUGGAUGGAUGUUCCUGGAUGAUGCGCGAUGGAGUGCACUUAAGCGCGAGAAACGCGCUAAGCGCGCGCGCGGGAAUGCUGCGCGUUGUGUGGGAAAGUAG